UACUUUAAUUGAUUCAAUUGAUCCCAUUUGACCUCCUUUUCCAAUUCAGUUACCUCAAGAUCGAUCUUUGCAGUAGCGAAAUAGUCAGUCUAAUUUUUGUUUGAGAAUAACUACGAUUGAUCAUGGGGAAACUUUCAAAGCUCCCAGAGGGUACAAAGCUCCCGGUGGGAAGUCACGACGUCAAAAUUUUGAAGUAUCUUUCUGAAGGUGGAUUUGCCCACAUUUAUAAAGUCGAGAUUGAGCCAGUUGAAGAAGGAUCUGAAAUAGCUUGUUUGAAAAGGGUGAUUGUGCCAGAUAAGAAUGGAUUAAAUCAAUUAAGGAAAGAGGUUGAUGUAAUGAAGACAUUACGCCACGCUCGCAAUAUUGUGAAAUACUACGAUUCCCAUGCUGAAAGGUUGCCAGAUGGAACUUAUCAGGUAUUAGUGUUGAUGGAACUUUGUCCUAACAAGUCUUUAUUAGAUUAUAUGAAUGAUCGGAUUAAAACAAAGCUCACUGAACCAGAAAUUUUGAAGAUAAUGUUGGAUAUUUCCAUAGGGGUAUCCGAAAUGCAUAAGAUCAAAUUGAUCCAUAGAGAUAUAAAAAUUGAAAAUGUUCUUAUAGAUGCACAUAAUGAUUUUAAACUUUGUGAUUUUGGUUCCACUUGUUCUCCUUUGAUGCCACCUAAAGAUCAACAAGAAUUCCAAUUUUUAUCCCAUGAUAUCUUAUAUCAAACAACCCCGCAAUAUAGAGCUCCUGAAAUGAUAGAUUUAUAUAGAAGGCUCCCCAUCGAUGAUAAAUCAGAUAUUUGGGCUUUAGGAUGUUUUUUAUAUAAAUUAUGUUACUAUACCACCCCCUUUGAAGCCAAUGGUGAUAUCGCUAUUCUUCAUGCAUCUUUUCAAUUUUUACCAGCACCUGUGUUUUCGGGUGACUUGAAAAAUUUAAUUAUCAUCAUGUUACAAGAGAAUCCUAUUUUUAGACCAAAUAUUAUCCAGGUUAUUAUUCUUGUUGCUACUAUGAUGAAAUUAGAUUUUAAAGAUUUGAAAAUUGAAGAUUUUUACAAAGCCGGUCCCUACAACUUCCAUGCAUUACAUGAAUAUCAACGCCAAAAACAACAGGAAUUGAUUCAACAACAACAAUUCUAUUACCAACAACAACAACAACAAUUACAACAAAACCAACAACUCGCCCAAACUCUGUCACAAAAGAGCAGCAGCACCAAUUUAGUCGGAAAUGUGCCUUCUGCUGAUCCAUCGAACCCAACCUACGCAUAUUCUUCUCCAGUUCAACAACCCGCACAAGCGGCUGCAGCACCAAACCUACAACCACAGACUCAAGAACAAUCACUCGCAUAUCAACAACAGCAAUCACAAUUCCCUAUUCAAGAACAAUCGUUGGUUUCCCCUUAUAAAGAUAAAUAUCCUGUCUCGCAGCCUGCAGAUCAGCCAUCAUUAAACCCAGAAUUACAAGAUGAGAAACUUGAACUUAAUGAAAAACACAACGCAGAAGAUUCCGAUGAUUUGGAAGGGUUGGAAGAGAACCUUGAUAAUGUAGAAGAAAGAUAUCCUUCUCUAGAGGACUUAUUGGAUACACCGCAAAGACCAAGGGAUGAUACUACCAUAUCGAAUAAGAGUAAGUUGCUGUCGGAAAGUCCACCAGCAUCUUCAUCACCGGCUCCAUCUAUUAAACCACCUUCAUAUCCCGUGAAACCGAUUAUUUUACUGAGUCCCGAGAUUAAAAAAUUAAACCCCGAGGAACUUCAACAAUAUAAUUAUCAACAUCAAGUAUAUCAGAGUCAAUUCCAGUAUUACCAGCAAGUGCAACAACAACAACAACAACAACAACAACAACAUAAUCAACAAAAGUUUCAAAAAUCUCAAGAAAAUCCAGCAGGUUUGCAAUCACCGGUGCCACAGUAUUCUUCGAAAUCUUCUAAGAGUUCUCGGAUCAGUGGGGAAGGAUCGAAGACUCCUACUGCAUUCGAAUCCAAGGAAGCUUGGGAAAAGCUGCAUUCUAAGAUCGACAAGAGUGCUGAAAGAUUGGCUGAUGACAUCUUUGCAGGUGGUACUAAAUCGCCUGCAACGAAACCCCAAAAAACAAAUCAAAGUGUCAAAUCAGACCAUUCAGUUGUCAGUGCAAAAACUGAUAUUUCUUAUAGUUCUGAUGAGGAUAGAAUGAAGCUAUCAAAAAGUGAAUCUCUGAACAAAGAAACCCAAAAAUAUCCAGACAUUGAAAACAAAGAACAAGAAGUAGAAGAAACAUUGGAGUAUACUCCCACCGAAGUUGCACAACAUAGCAAAGAGGAGCUAACUGAAGAAAACUUGUCUAAGGCUCAACCAAGUCAGUUGAAGGAAGAGGUUUCUCAGAAAGCCGAUAAUGAAAUGAAUAACUUUCCUAACUCAGUUUCUCGACCUAUGCCUAUACCUAAUCAAUCCCAAUAUAUCAGUGCUCCUAUGAUCCCAACUAUGAAUUCGAACUCUUACACAUCAUCAUCCAAUCCAUUUCCGAUGACGUCAAAAGCACCUACAAAUCAACAACAAUCUCAACAACAACACCAACUUACUCAAGAUACCACUCAAGGACCCAAACUUCCCGAAAGAAAGAACGCAAACCCUUGGAGUGACUUCACUAACAAUCUGAAGUCAUCGCCAAUGACUAAAGUUUCUUCUCAUCCUGGUACAAUGAAUGCCGUUCCUACUUUAAACAGCCAAAAUAAAUUCAAUCAUUUAAAUGCAAAUAAUAUCCAUGAUCAGUUUAAUAAUAUGUCAAUUUACGAUGGCCAGAGACCAAAGAAAUUUGAUACUCCUACAUUACCGAACAAUCAGGCUGAGCCUAAUUUGAUCGACUUGGAGGUAGGAUUAGAUUCUUCCAGCUCUGCAUCAGGCACACCAGGCGCCACUCCUCUAGCACUUCCCAAACAAAGAGAUGCUAACAAUAGACUAGAAAGUGAACCAUCCCUAUUGGACUUGAAAGACUUGGAUGAUAAACAAGCGAAAGCUCCUGAAAAGCCCCAGUUCAAGAAAAGAAUUUCGUCUAUACAGAAUGCCUCAAAUUUCAGCUUCCAAGAAGAGGUGAUCGAUUUUGCUUCUGACGAUGAAAACCCAGAAAAUAGUUCUAAAAUGAACAGAAUUUCUAUAAGGAACUCUCUUAAAAAGCCUAAAGGUAGAAAAUCAGGGGAGCAUAAACGUACCGAUAGCUCCAAUGGGGAAGGUAGUAAAAAACGUAUCUCAUUCUUUGGGGGAAGUAGCUCAAACAAUUCAUAAGGCCACAACCAUUCGUUUCAUUAUUACUAAAGCUACAAUAUAAAUCUCAUAAUACACAUCUCAAUAUCUUAUAGCAAAUGUCAAUGUAGGUGAAGGUCCAAUAGGCUGCAAUUGUAAGAGUCGAUUUGCAUUUCUUCUGACUUCUUCGAUGAUAUUCCAAGUCUUCGCAUCCAUGAAAAAAAAAAAAAAAAAAAAAA